UCGAUAAUUCCGCAAUCACCCUGACGGCGCGUUUUUUGUUGUUUGUCAUUUGUUUGUUUAAAUGUUUAAUUGAAAAUGACUUCGUUCCUUGACUUGCUGGGCGACGGAGGACAUGUGCACUUUGAAAAAUGUGGGGACAUUGUUGUUUCGCCCAAGGACAACGUGGUGGCCAUGUUUUGCCAUUUCUGCAGGGACAUUUUCACGCAUCUGCCGGAGUUCAUCAGACACGUACAGCGGUCUCACAGCGAUAUUCUGCACUUCACAAAGGAACAGAAUGUGUACAGCGUCGAGGAACUGUUGGCAAUGGAGAGCUCAGAAGAUGAAACGCAAUCGCAGGCGCACAGCUGCAGCAGCGUCGACUCUGGGUCGGCUGGCGAAAUGGAAGAUGCAGAUGUAGCACCAGGAUCAUCCGAUUACCUGGCAAGCAAUGUGGAUAUAAUGAAAGCCCUGGCAGCCUUCGAUGUGGAAGUGGAUGGGAUCAAUGUCAACUGCGAAACGCAAGAAGUUGAAGAAAUGUUACUAGAGGAGAAGAAACACAUUUCUCCAAAAGUGGUGAACAGCAAGCCCGAGGCCAUCCAGGAAACGUACUACAAAGCAAACUACACCGAAAACCAGAAAGAAGCCUACAACUCGAAAGAUUUCCGUCGUGCCCGCAAGCCGGGAAAUUUGGAAAGAGAGCCAACCAUUUGUGAUGUGAAGAGCUACAACAUUAUGCGGCACUCGCGCAAACGGGAGGCAAUUCAACAGCGCUUGAGUAAAGUGAAAAAACGUAUUAUGCUCUCCCUUGAAAAUGAUGUGCCAAAGUCUGUGCCUAUGAAAGUAUCCUGCGUCAAGCUGGAAUUGCCAGCAUUCAAAGAGGAGUCCAAACACUCGGGCGUUGAAGCUACUAAAUUGCCACCUAAAAAUGGAAAGACCAAAGAAAAUCGCUCCAACAUGACUCAAGUGAUUCAGUACAAUGGGAUUAAGUCAGCGUCAAUGAACCAUUUGCUAAAGCCAAUAACUUUAUCGAAAGCUAGUUCAAAAAGGCCUGCGGCUCUAACAAAUCUAAAAAGUACUACAAAUGGGAGCACCACCUUGAUAAAACCAGCAAUUCCUGCAAGUCUGCGCAAGCCAUUAGCAGAAAAAGAGCCAAAGACUUUCAGAAUUAACAUGCCGCCAUCGAAAGUCAAGCAAGUCGCUUCAAACUCUCUUAGUCCUAGCAUUUCUAGAGCCACCAAAGAAUACAAUCUGUCUCCUCUAUUGAAUGGCAGUUCAUCAAUCGAGCCACCAGCUCCCUUGGGAGCUGCAAAGACUUUAAAUAUGGUUUCUGCUACUCCCAUAAAAAAGCGUUGUGUGGCGUCUACCUCGAUAAAACCAACUAUUCUUCCAUGCGCCAGCAGGCCAGCAUUUAAAAUAGAUCCAAACAUAAGCCAUGCGACUAUAGGCAGACGAUCAUCACCCAUAAAGAUAGAGCGAGUAGAGAUUCUGCCAAAAAUCGAUGUAAAACAGAAUGUGGAAAUGUCAGCCAAGGGAAAACCAAUAUGGAAAAAAAUAAUUCCUUCAAGUGUUGCCAGUGUAAAAUCUUCAGAGCUUCACACAAAUAACGAUGCAGUGGAUCAGCACAAGAGUCCAGAGCGCAGAUCUUCGCUAACUGUCGUCUCCAAUAGCCCAGUUCAGACCAAGAAACGUACACGAAGAUUUUCGAUGACAACUGUAAUGCCCACGCCGCCUCCAAACUUACAAAAGCUGCAGUCGGGAUCAGUUAAAGCUCUUUCAAAAGCUCAGAAACGUUCACCCUGCACUGAAAAAUGCGAUGCAAAACGGGCCAAAAUAAAGCAAGAAAGAUGCUCCACUAACUUUAGUUUGUCGUCGAGCGUUAUAGAGUCUCUACAGAAGGAUUUGAAAAGCUCCUCGAAGCUGGAUGCUGACAGCCUCCUCCAGUUGGCAGAGCCCCGUGAGGACACAAUCAUUGAAGAUCUUGUUGCACAGAUCAAAGAGACAAAAGAGGAAAGAACACAACAGAAAGAGUUGUCCACACCUCAAACGCCUGAAAUUAAGGUUCUGGGAGAUGACCUCAAGCUGUUGGAAACAGUUGGGUUGUGUAUUAUAAAAGUUCCUAAGUUUGAGGAUAAACUGCUAUUCGAGCAGUCGGAAGAGUUUCGUAAAAAAGCCGCCAAGUUUAGCAAAAUGUAUCACAAGUACGAAACAAUCUGGAACUAUAGGAAAUCAAAGAACAUUGGGGCAACCGAACGCCUAGUCCAGCAGUUGAACGCAUUCACCGAAGAGGUAAACAAGGAGCUUGCCUGUCACUUGACCCUGAGCGAGAUGAAACGCAUUCUCAACCUCAUCAACUCAUGGUAUGCGGAGCAGAUCGAUCAGAGGUUCUUCCGAAAGGCAACUCUCACGUAUAGCAUUGAGCACUACAUGCUCCUGUUUCACUUUCUGCCAAAGAUCAUUACAACUGUGUACUUCUGCGAGUACUGUGAGGAGACCUUCACCCACGAGUCGCGCUACAAGAAACAUGUCCAGAGCCUACACACUUUACACGCGUUCACAUGCUCCGAGUGUGGUAAGUCCUUCAAGAGACUGUACUUCUACGAGAAACACCUCCAGGCAUCACAUAAUGUGUCACCCGUAAUUACUUAGUUUUUGUUUUGUACAAUUGCUUAACCAUUUAGUGGAGCACUCAAUACAAUUUAGUGCAAAUUGUAGAGCGAGUGGGUGGAAAAUUGUAUAUUCAUCUGUGCCAAGACUGCUUCCACUUUCAUUUUGCAGGGAGAGUGGUCAGAGCAGCUUCAGUUCAAGUUAUCUUCUAUUUAUCAUGUUAAAUUUUAAUUUUGAUCCACUUUAUCGUCUUUAUAUCUGCCAUUUAAAUUCAUAUUUCCAUGUUAAAA